AAACUAACACUAGCUCUCUGUAACACAUCCCCUAAACCAGCCAUGUUUCCCUCUCUCAUCCUCUUUCUCUCUAUAGUAUUUAUCUUCAUGACAUUCCUACGUCACCUCUUCAUUCAAAUUCAAAACCUUCAUACAAAAAAAUCAUCCAUCAAUGGCGGCCCUCCUACACACCCACUCCUCGGAUGCCUCAUUUCUUUCUACAAGAACCGGCGCCGUCUCUUGGACUGGUACACCGGCCUUUUGUCCGAGUCAUCUGCCCUCACCAUAGUGGUGAACCGGCUUGGUGCACGCCGGACCGUGGUCACCGCCAACCCGGCCAACGUGGAGUACAUCCUCAAGACAAACUUCAACAACUACCCGAAAGGGCAGCCCUUCACUGAAAUCCUCGGAGAUUUGCUCGGCCGAGGCAUCUUCAACACGGACGGGGAGCUGUGGAACACCCAGCGCAAGUUAGCGAGUCACGAGUUCAGCACCAAGUCCCUGAGGGAGUUUGUUGUCAAGAUAAUUGAGGAAGAAGUUAAAACCCGGCUAGUCCCGAUUCUCGAGACGGCCGCAGAGUGCCACAGCAAGGUUUUGGACUUGCAGGACGUUCUGAGGCGGUUUACGUUUGACACGGUGUGCCGGGUGUCACUAGGCGUGGACCCUUUUUGUCUCGACCUGUCUAGGGCGGUGCCGCCUCUCGUGGAGGCGUUUGACACUGCCUCGAAGAUAAGCGCCGCCAGAGGGGCGGCGCCAGUUUUCGCCGUGUGGAAAAUGAAGAGAUUCUUCAAUGUGGGGUCGGAGAAGAAGCUCCGAGAGGCGGUUGAGCUCAUCCAUAGCUCGGUUCUUGAGAUAAUUCGGUCUAAAAAAAUUAAAUUACAAAAUCGAGACAGUGGUGGUGAUCACGGUGACCUUUUGUCGAGGUUGCUAGUGGCCGGACAUCACGAGGAGGUGGUGAGAGAUAUGGUGAUAAGUUUUAUUAUGGCGGGAAGAGACACCACGUCCGCGGCGAUGACGUGGCUGUUCUGGUUGCUGUCGAGGAAUAGCAAUGUCGAAAAAGAGAUUGUUGAGGAAGUGAUGUUAGUAGACAAUGGGACAAAGCCUUUGGACUAUGAUGGACUGAAGGAUAUGAAGUAUAUGAAGGCAUGUUUGUGUGAGUCCAUGAGGCUCUACCCGCCGGUGGCGUGGGAUUCGAAGCACGCCGGAGCCGACGACGUGUUGCCGGACGGGACACCGGUGUGCAAGGGGGACAGGGUAACCUAUUUUCCUUAUGGAAUGGGGAGGAUGGAGGAGUUGUGGGGGAAGGACCGGUUAGAGUUUAGACCGGACCGGUGGUUCGAUGGGGAUGGGGGGAUGAAAAUGGUGAGUCCGUACAAGUUUCCGGUUUUCCAGGCCGGUCCGAGGGUGUGUCUUGGGAAGGAAAUGGCUUUCAUGCAGAUGAAGUAUGUGAUGGCUUCGGUUCUGAGGCGGUUCGAGAUCAGGCCGGCCGGUUCGGUCCAGCCUGUUUUUGUUCCUCUCCUAACAGCUCACAUGGCUGGUGGGUUCAAAGUCAGGGUGUCUAAGAGGAGUCAUUAUGGUUAGGGCUUAAUUAGUUGCAUGUAAAGUUUUGUCUAAACGUGCUAAUUAAGAAAUCUUACCAGCUUUAUUUUUAAUUAUUUAUUUUUCACUAUCUA